AUGACUAUGUCAUUCAUACUCGUCACCGCCCUUCUACUGUUGAAACAGUCUGCGGCCAAUGCCAAAGAUGAUGGAUUGGCACUGAAGCCUCCCCUUGGCUGGCGCUCAUGGAAUCUUUACGUUGGAAAUGUCCAUCAAUACGAAUUGGUUGCUAUUAUGAAUGGAUUGGUGAAUCGAACGAGGAAGAAUUGGAAAGGGUAUCCGGUUUCACUCUGCGAUUUGGGGUAUUGCGAUGUUGGUCUAGACGAUACUUGGCAAGCUUGUAAGAGUCCACAGGCCGCACCUGGAAUGCACUACCAUGAUGCUGAGGGGAACCCACUGAUCAAUUACGAUCGCUUUCCCUCCAUGAAGAAUAUGACCGACCAUGCCAAAAGUCUUGGCUUGACUGCUGGCUGGUAUUCCAACAAUUGCGCUUGUAAUGAUCAUUGUAACUUUACCACUGGCGAAUGCGAAAUGCAAAUUCGGCAAGAUUCCAAGGCACUUGUGGACUAUGGAUAUUCUGGUCUAAAAAUUGACGGAUGUGGAAACGAGAAGAAUUUGACACUUUGGGACAAGUAUCUUACUGAAUUUUCUCCCAAGAAUCCAAUCCUUGUGGAGCACUGCGAUAAGAACGACCCAUUGCUGGGACAAGGAUGUCCCACCUAUCACUUUUAUCGAACCAGCGUGGACAUUCGAAACAACUAUCCAUCCAUCAUGCACAAUUUAGGCACAGUUGAGCCUUAUCGGGCCACCAAUUCCAGCUACCCUGGGUGCUGGGCCUAUGCCGAUAUGUUGCAAAUUGGGGUCCGCCAAGGGUUGAAUAUUCAAGAGACUCGAAGUCACUUUGCAGGGUGGGCCAUCGUCUCGUCUCCUUUAAUCUUGAGUCAUGAUGUGAAUGAUGAUGACGUGAUGGAUCGGAUAUGGGACAUUAUUGCCAAUGAUGAAAUCUUGGCAGUCAACCAAGCCUAUUUUGGGGAAUCCGGUGGAGUUUACGACCAAGCCAAUCAGACCGUCUUGCUGGAGUCGGAGGGCGCCUCUGCUAUAUCUCUCCCUGAGUAUCAGUAUCUUUCCAAGCCCAUCGCGAAAAACAAAGUAGCAGUGCUGUUGAUGAACAGUGCAAACGAGACUCGUACUUUGACAGCCAACUUUACAAAUAUCCCAUAUGCGGAUUGCUCACAUGAUGAACAUGGUAGCCACUGUGAUUUCUUGGUUCGAGAUAUUUGGAAUCACUCUUCUCUGGGAAGGUUCCGAGAUUCUUGGUCGAUCGAUGUGGAAAGCCAUGAUGCAGCAUUUAUCACUCUCGAAAAGUUGGGUGGUAUGGAAAACUCUAGAUUGAAUGAGAACAACAAAGAUUCAAAAGGAACGAGACUUGGUUACAGAACACAACCUGCGGCUGUCGUUGCAUAG